GGUAUCCGGGCGCUCCGCGAGGCGGCCAGCGCCGGGCCCGGCAGCGGGCCCGACGGAGCGUGGGGGCAUGCCGCCGCCGUCGCCAGGCUGCGGGCCUUGGGCUGCGCCGACACCCUGCGGAGGCGGGCCGAAGACGCGUACUGCUACGGCGACUUCGAGGCGGCCGUGGCGCGGUACGGCGCGGCCCUGGACGCGACGCCGAGCGACGACAGGUGGGGCCGGGCGACCCUACUAACGAGCAGGGCAGCGUGCCACCGGCGGGCGCGCGACCUGCGCCUGGCCCUGAAGGACCUGGACGGCGCCCUGGGGCUCUUCCCGCGCUAUGCCCGCGCGAUGUUCCGUCGCGGUGUCUGCCUGCUCGAGGCUGGGUCGUCGAAGGACGCUGUUCGCGCCUUCCAGCAGUUGCUGCGGGUAGACCGCCACUGGCCAGGCCUCUGCGAUUGGCUGGUGCGCGCCCACGCUCAUCGGCAGCGCGCCGAGCGCGGGGAUGGCUCCUUCGGAUUCGCCGCCGACGAUGACCAGGGGAGCCCCGGCGCGGCCCGCGGUGGUGCAACGGAGGGCGUCGCCGAGGGGGACCUGUAUGCUGUCUUGGGCGUGCCUGCGGACGCCACGGACAAGCAGCUGAAGAGGGCGUACCGGCUGAUGAGCCUGAAGUACCACCCUGACAAGCAGGGCGGAUCCACGCGCUCGUUUCAGCUCAUCGCUACUGCAUACGAGACGUUGUCGGACCCCGAGAAGCGCCGUGCCUACGACAGCGGGGCGGACAUCAAGAAGGGCAAGAACGACGACGGCUCUUCGAGCGAGUCCGAGCGCCAAGAGCGGUCCCUGCACGAGGAGGUGGAGCGGAAGUAUUUCCCAGAGCGCUACCGCUUCUGGCCAUUCGGAGACCCAUUCAUAGAGAAGCGAAAGUUGCAGGCACGUAGGCGCCGCCGUGCAGGCGGAAGGCGCAUUGACCCUGAGUUUGACGACUUCUAACGCCCUCGCGCGGGCGAUGUCUGAGCGCCACUCGAGAAGGCUGGCGCAGCCUGUGUGCUCAGCGUGCCAUCCUCAGCAA